AGCGGGCGAGAGCAGGCGCGGCGGCAGAGUGUGUAAACGCACUGUUCCUUCCCCAGGAUUGGGAGCAUGUCUGAGCAGCAGAGUGCCCCGGACCAGCUGGCCGCUGGAAAGAGUCAGGGUGGGGCAAGCGUCACGUACAAGGUGGUGCUCUAUGAGCUCGAGAACUUCCAAGGCCGCAAGGCGGAGCUCACAGCCGAGUGCAAGGACGUGACGGAGAAGAGUCUGGACAAAGUGGCCUCCGUAAUGGUGGAGUCUGGACCCUGGGUGGCGUUUGAGCGCCAAGGCUUUGGAGGUGAGCAGUUCAUCCUGGAGAAGGGUGAGUAUCCUCGCUGGAGCACCUGGACCAACAGCCAGAGCAGCAACUUCCUCAUGUCUCUGCGGCCUCUCAAAGUGGACGGCGCCGACCACAAGCUCCACCUCUUCGAGGGUGCCGCCUUUAACGGAAGGAAGAUGGAGAUUGUGGAUGACGACGUGCCCAGCCUCUGGGCUCACGGGUUCCACGACCGAGUGGCCAGCAUCAAGGCGCUCAACGGAACGUGGGUGGCCUACAUGUACCCCGGCUACAGGGGGCGCCAGUUUGUGUUCGAGCAGGGCGACUACAAGCACUGGAACGACUGGGAAGCCUCCACACCGCAGAUCCAGUCCAUCAGGCGUGUGCGUGACAUGCAGUGGCACAAGCGUGGCUGUUUCACCGCUCCCGCUCCCGCCCCCGCGCCCGCCCCCGCCCCCGCACCGCCCGCCCCGCCCGCCGCCGCCGCGGGCUCCAGCUGA